AUGGGACGUGAGGUGGGAAGAGAAGGAAACUCUAGGAUGGCCUCUUCGUCGGUGAGAGCCAUGAUGGCGAAGGCGGUGACGACGUCCCCAGCCUUCUUUAGUGACAACAAUUCUGUGCAGGGGUUCAAGGAGCGAAAGGACGCGAUACGGCGGGAGCGGAAGGAGCGUGGGGCGACACUGUCGCAGUGGUACGGGAUGAAGAAGGCAGACCUUGGCACGGAGGAGCGACGGGAGCUGGAGCUGCUGCAGUUCCGAAAUUUUGUCAACCCCGAGCUGAAGCACCAGGCGCCGAAGAAGAGCAACAAGGAGCAAAACGAAUUUGUGGAGUUUGGCUUUUUCGCUGGCACGGGGCGAAACAAACGCCGCCGCCUCAAGUCAUUCGCAGAUGAGUGGAUUGCGGAGAAUCCCGAGCUGGAGCAGGUGGUGACAAAGCGACUGAAGCGAAACGUGCGGCUGAACCGUAAGACAAAGCAGAUUGUGGCAAAGAAGGCCGCGAAAGAGGCGGCUCGUGCAAAGGCCAAAAAGGCAUCGAAACGGUCUAAAAAGGGGGAUAUGCUCUUGUGA